UUGAUGUAACAUAAGAGCUUGUCAGGGAAGAGCGCUUCUCAGGUCCAGUGCACUGAAGUUCCCCAGAUGCUGACUGGCUCCAUUGUAGCUGGAACUGGGCACAGGCUUGCUGCAGGAGGUGGUGUAUCUAGUGAGUCAGGGAGCCGACCCAGAUGAGAUUGGACUAAUGAACAUAGAUGAACAACUUCCAGUCCUAGAGUACCCUCAGCCCGGUCUGGACAUCAUCAAGGAGCUGACAUCUCCUCGCCUUAUAAAAAGCCACCUACCAUAUCGGUUUUUGCCUUCGGACCUCCAUAAUGGCAAUUCAAAGGUAAUAUACAUGGCUCGCAACCCCAAAGACCUGGUGGUGUCUUAUUACCAGUUUCACCGCUCCCUAAGGACCAUGAGCUACAGAGGAACGUUUCAGGAGUUCUGCCGAAGGUUUAUGAAUGACAAGUUAGGAUAUGGUUCGUGGUUUGAACAUGUGCAAGAGUUUUGGGAACAUCACAUGGAUGCCAAUGUACUUUUUCUCAAGUAUGAAGAUAUGCAUAAGGACCUAGCAACGAUGGUUGAGCAACUGGUGAGGUUCUUAGGAGUUUCUUAUGACAAAGCACAGUUGGAAUCCAUGGUGGAACACUGCCAUCAACUCAUUGAUCAGUGCUGUAAUGCAGAAGCACUUCCUGUUGGCAGGGGACGAGUUGGGCUAUGGAAAGACAUCUUCACUGUUUCAAUGAAUGAGAAAUUCGAUUUAGUUUAUAAACAGAAGAUGGGAAAAUGUGACCUCACAUUUGAUUUUUAUUUAUAAAAAAAUGCAUGCAGAUGAUAUCCGAAUAUAGCUAGAAGUGCUUUAUGCAUUCAUUUAUUACCUGCUGGACAAACUACUGUAGCUAUUAUGUGUAACAAGAAAGAAAAACAAUCGAAACCGUAUCAGAUACAAGUAUCUUUGAUCCUAAACGGCUGUUUCUCUGCUAGUAUUUUAAUCCUUUGUCUACACGCAAGAACUUCCUAGACAAUACUAGAAUAUUCAGCUGUUACGGAAUGUAUUAUAUACGUAUAAGGUAUGUAUCAUAUAUGCAACUAGAAUGUACACCUUUUCAGCCCCACAUUGAUUAUUUAAUGUGUUUUAUAAAAGCUUUUCACUAGAACCUAAAUAAACGUCCAUAAACCAAA